GUCUGAUAGUUUAAUAAAUAUGACGCAUAACUCAUUAUCGAUAGGAGCUCUAUCACGUAUAUAAAUAAAUUUUGAAAUUUCUAAAAUCAAAAGUGAAUUAAAGAUAGAAGGGAAUUUUCUUUAUGCUUGAUGACAAAUGGCGAAUUCAAUACUAUCCCUGCGGAGUUCGUCGGGGAGCUUUGUAUUUCCGGAGUCGGAAAAAGACCGCCAGGUAUCUCUUACAGGCUAUUCAAACAUUGUGCUAGAUGUUUCAACAAAUCAUCAAAACAAUGAUGAGGAUAAAAAUAAAGUCAGAGUAAGAUUUGCUGACUUGCCUUCGGUGGGUUUGGACAUGUCUGGAUUCGGGGUGGAAAAGACCGUGAAGAGGAAAUACUCGGUAGCCUUGCAAACUCUAAAACCUUUCAGGCGUUCGUCUAAAGAUGGAAAACUACCAUUGAAUAAUGUUGGAUUUUUCUCGUACAUAUUCCUGACAUGGCUGUCUCCCCUGGUAUGGAAAAUGUAUCGCCAUCGGUCACAACCUGUAGCUGAAAGUGACAUUUGGGAAUGUUCGGAUCAGGAAGGCGUGUCCGAAAACACUGAAAGAAUGAUGAGACUUUGGAAGGAAGAACUAGAGAAGAAUAGCGAGAAGAAGGCGUCAUUUAUGAAUGUGUGGACAAAAUUUAUAUUCACGAGGACUCUCAUUUCAUUAUGUAUAAUCACUCUCUUUGCACUAGCCUCUUUGAUCUCUUCGGCUUUGCUUGUCAAUCAAAUAAUUGGUUAUCUGGAGUCACCUGGAUACAACUUGGCGUUUGGUUUGGGCUUAUCAGCAGCGAUGUUUGCGUCUGAAAUGAUGAGGACUCUAUCAUAUUCUGCACUGAUGAUAGUAGGCUCUCAAACAGGUACGAGGUUCCGGUCUGGAUUUAUGGGCAUUAUGUAUGAUAAGCUCUUAAAAAUGCGGGUCGUGAAAGGGAAGACCAACGCUGAGAUUAUAAAUAUGUUUACUGUAGAUUCGUACAGAGUCCACAUGGCAACCUGGAUAUCGCCAUUUCUAAUUUCUAUUCCAAUCUAUCUCAUUAUUGCUACAAUCUAUUGCUACACAUUGAUCGGAUUCUGGUGCUUUGUCUCCAUUGGAACAUUUGUCGUCUGCUAUAUUGCACAGACACUUCUCACAAGAUUCAUCGCGUCGUUGAGAAGAAUAUGUGUCCAGUAUACUGACCUUAGAGUAAGAAGAAUGGGAGAGAUCAUUAAUAGCAUGAAGUUUAUUAAGAUGUAUGCCUGGGAGAAACCAUUCAAGGACGCCAUCAUAGAUGUGAGAAAGACAGAACAGAAGUAUUUGUUGUAUUCUGCCUUGUUAUAUGCAGUGGUCAGCUCAAUAAUUCCUGUAACACCAACUAUAGCCUCAGUUAUAACAAUUACAGUCUAUACUGCCGCCGGGAAUACCCUCACUGCAUCUACAGCCUUCGCAAUUAUCGGGACGAUGUCAUUUUUGAAGACGAUUGUUGCCAUUAUACCACAAUCAUUACGAGCAUAUGGGGAGGCUAAAGUUAGUUUUGCUAGAUUACAGCGUCUUUUGUUGUUGGAAGAGUACAUACCCCCUUCAAAUGAAGUGUAUGACAAGGAGAAUGUUGUGGAGAUAAAAGCUGCCAAUUUCAUAUGGGAUAAUAUUUUAGAUCAGAGCAGUCAAGUAAAUAUAGAAAAAAUUGCUGAAAGAUCAAGUGUAACAAGUCAGGAUAGUUCAAAAAGAGAAAGUAUUAGCAAUUUUGCGUUAUCUGAUAUAAAUUUUGAAGUAAAACAGGGAAAAUUGGUAGGUAUUUGUGGGUCAGUUGGUUCAGGGAAGUCAUCUCUAAUGUCAGCAGUUAUGGGGAGGAUGUUACUAAAGAAAGGUCACCUAGCUGUAAAUGGAGACGUAGCAUAUGUAGCUCAACAGGCUUGGAUAUUCAAUGCCACUUUGAAGGAAAAUAUCCUCUUUGGUCAGCCAUAUGAUAAAGAAAGAUAUGAAAAAGUUAUUAACUGUUGUGGACUAGAAACAGAUCUUAGAUUUCUAUCUGAUGGAGAUGAAACAGAGAUUGGUGAACGUGGAGCUAACCUUAGUGGUGGACAAAAACAACGUGUAAAUUUAGCACGUGCAGUGUACAGUCAAAGUGACAUCUUUAUUCUAGAUGACCCUUUAUCAGCUUUAGAUGUAAAAGUUGGAAAACAAAUAUUUCAUACAUGUAUUAAAGGUGUUCUAAAAGACAAAACAGUCCUACUGGUUACUCAUCAAUUACAGUAUUUAAAACAUUGCGAUGAGGUUAUAGUAAUGGAAGAAGGUUGUAUCGAGGAAAAGGGUCAACAUCACGAGCUUCUAGCUUCAAAUGACUUGUACACGAGUAUGUUUAAAAUAUUUGACAAGACAACAAUGAAAGUUAGAAAACCCGAGAAUUCAGGCGACGGGGAACCUGGAUCUUACAUCAAGAGUACACCAAUUAUAGCAACAAAUAAGAAACCUGAAGAAAAUGGACAGAAGAAAAACGGGAUAUUGAAAUCAUCUAAGAAGAAAAGUAAAGGAAAGCUUGUAUUUGCUGAGGAGGCGGCAAUUGGUGACAUCGGGUUUGGGACAUACUUAGCAUACAUUCGUGCUGCAGGUGGUUGGUUUGUGACUUUCCUCGUGAUCAUGUCCUUCUUUAUAUCAGCAGGAUCACUUGUAUUUAGUGAUUGGUGGCUAAGUCAAUGGAUAACAUCACUUACAAGUAGCUCUGGCACUAAAAGCGGCAUUGCAAGAGAUAAUUCCACGUUUAACACAUCAACAGAUGUUUCAACAUCAUCGAUAUUAUUGUCUAACUCUAACAAAAGUGAAUACCCAGCAGAAACAUCGAGCGGCCCGAUCAGUUAUGACACUUACUUUACUGUAUAUAUUGCCUCCUUGGCCGGCAUUAUAUUUCUACAGCUCUUCAAAAGUUUCAUCGCAGGAAAGGCGGCUAUAACUGCGUCAAAUAAACUUCAUGAAAUAUGCCUCGACAAAGUGGUUAAAGCUCCAAUGUCCUUUUUUGAUUCCAAUCCAGUUGGUAGAAUUCUAAAUCGAUUCUCUAAAGAUCUUGACGAAGGUGAUGUAUUCAUACCACAAUUAACCAACACGAUGCUGCAGAUAUUAGCGUUAGUUAUACUAUCUGUGGCAAUGGCAGCCUAUAUUAUUCCAUGGAUUUUGAUAGCUAUUGUACCUGUGGUCAUUGUAUUCUAUGUCAUGAAACAAAUAUCGACGGUAUCAGUACGACAGUUGAAACGGUUAGAAAAUAUCUCUAGAUCACCUCUUAUAAGCCACGUUAAUGUGACGUCACAAGGAUUAUCAACAAUCGUUGCCUACCGGCAACAAGAACGUUUCUUUGACAGGCACGUGUGUACUGGAGUAGGCGACGUUGCUUCUAUAUCCAUAUUCUUAUUUGAGGCGAGCGUGAGAUGGAUCGGACUCAGGCUCGACAUCAUGGCAGCUAUGGUAACUGUAUCUACCAGCCUUAUAUUUAUGGUUACAAAGGGGAUGAUACCUCCAGCAUCUGCAGGUCUUGUUCUCGGGUUAUGUGGAAAGACAGUGAGUAUCAUCCAAUUUAUGGUUCGUAUGAUGAAUGAAACAGAGGCCAGGUUUACGUCAAUAGAAAGACUCCAUGAAUACAACACUUCUCUAGUAUCGGAACCACAAAGUGCCGAGAAGAUACCAGAUACAGGAUGGCCAAGUAAGGGUUCUGUAUCGUUUAAAGAUGUCGUCAUGAGGUAUCGACCAGAUAUGAAUCCGGUCUUGCGCAGUAUCAGUUUCGAUAUAAAACCGAAGGAGAAAGUCGGUAUCGUUGGUCGCACUGGUGCAGGGAAAUCGUCUUUAGCUGUCGCAUUAUUCCGCCUUGUCGAGGUCGGUGGUGGUAGUAUUUGUAUUGAUGGGGAGGAUAUAUCAAAACUUCAUCUAAGCAUGAUACGAUCUAAAGUAUCCACGAUAACUCAGGAACCAGUUCUUUUUGCUGGAACUAUUAGGUACAACAUUGAUCCAUUUUCUAAGUACUCAGACGACAGUAUUUGGGAAGCACUAGACAAAGUACACAUCAAAGAAAAGAUUUUACAGUUUGAUGAAGGUUUGGAAGUAAUGGUUGACGAGAAUGGAGAAAAUUUCUCAGUUGGCGAACGUCAGUUAAUUUGUUUAGCUCGAGCGGUUAUGCGUAGAAGUAAGAUUCUGCUUCUAGAUGAAGCUACGGCCAACAUUGACACAUCAACAGAUGCAAUGAUCCAAGAAACUAUCCGAGAAUGUUUCUCAGAUUGUACCGUGAUAACUAUAGCACAUCGGCUCAAUACGUUGUUACACAGCGACAAAAUUAUAGUUCUUGAUUCAGGACAAGUAAUGGAAUGUGCAUCACCGCAAGACUUGCUUACUAAUACAAACUCGUUUUUUAACGCUAUGAUAGCCGCCCAGUCAGUUAAAACGUCUCCACCAUAGUGACUAUCUACAGUUUCAUCAACAAAUUUGUGUGGCCAAACUGUGUUUAUCUAAAACAAUACAAUUAAACAAAAAAACAACA